AUGACAGCGGCCAUCUGAGCGUGGGUGCAACGGCAUAACCAUCCAGCAUGGACCCCAGUGGUGCUGAAGUUGAGCAGCUGGUUGUGCCCGACCAAGAGUCAUUGCCAGCGGGUUCUGUUGACCAGCUGCUGCACCAGACAGCGGAAGAGGAAGAAAUGGAGGUGAAGGGCCUCAACACCUCUGGCGACAUGGACUUCCUCAUUCUUGACGAGGAGCAAGGCGACAGCAAUGAGGGGUCACAAGAACCACUGACAGAGGGUGCGGAAACUGAUGAACCUGUUCGAAUAUCAACACCAAAGCUGUGCAUUGAGGAGUCAUCUAAAGGAGAUGACAAGCGUGCUGAAGACUGCAAUGAUGUCAGUGAUGCUACAGUCUCCUGUAAUGAAGAUGGAGCAAAGGAAGCAGCUGACGUAAAGGCAGUAGAAGGAAAAGUUGGGCUAGACGUAGAGGCAUCUGAUGAAAAGCAGGAAGACAUUGUUAUGAUUCAGGAUGAAGAGCCUGAGAAAAGCAAGGAGGAACCAAAGAAGUAUGUAGAUGAAAUGCUGGAAGAAGCGGAAGAAGCGCUGAAAGAUGUGGCAGAAGCGGUGGAAGAGCUCCCUGCCCAAGUAUUUGAAGGAUUGGCAGAGGUGGAGAAGUCACUUGACAGCAGUGAUGAUGUGCAAGUUGUUGCCAUUGAGCAGCCAGAAUUUGGAGAACAAGAAGUCGCUGAGGAUGACAAAGAGCUUGAUUCUUCUUCUAAGGAGAACAAGAUACCUGUCCCCAAUGGUGCGGGUAUCACUGUGUCAGUCUCCUGCUUCAAGGAUGAGGAUCCAGAUGACCCUGAUCCCAUGGAGAGCAACGCUGAUGACAUUGAUUCCAAGCCGCCAAAGCGGUCAGCAUCCAGCCAUGGCAUCUUGGCUGAUCUCAAACGGGCCUUGAAUAUGAUUGAUGCGGAAGCUGGAAAUCCAAAGCGUUUUAAGCUCAACACGAAUGACGAUGGGAAUGAAUUGGAGCAGGAAGACAAUGCAGAUCCUCCUGCAGCUCUGUCAACAGCAGCAUCAGCAUCUACACAGUCUGUGGGCUUGCCUGUGGGUCCCAAUCUGGUGGUGUUGAGUCGCAAACAGCUGGAGCAGUAUGUGACACGACGAGUGCGUGAGUGUCUCGUGACACAGGCCACUGCCCUCCUGCAGCCUAUGGAGAAGAAAUGCGACACAUUGCACCGAGCCUUGGAGCGGUGGCGGCGAAGGUCAUUCCAGCUGCAGAAGCAGCUGAAUGAGUUUGUGUGCGAGCAAGAGAAGUGUGCCAAUGCCCGCCGGAGUCGGAGGUCUGUUGGUGUCUGCGUACGGAUGCCACCCUUGAAGCCACAGGUCCAGACACCUGGAUCCCCUGGCAUCAAGACAAUACCUACCACCGUUACAGCACCGUCUUCUGUUGCCUCUCGGGCUCCGAGUGUGACAGUCGCACGUGCACCAAACACUACCAUCUCGACUGUGGCUUCAAGUGGCACAUCACCUGCACGUCCGCCAACCCCUGCGCAGCAGAUCAGAGUCACUGGCACCAAUGCAUCAAUGCUGGCAGCGCAGCUGGGCUUGAAACCGAACCAGCACAUGAAGUUGGUGAGCGUUUCGACACCAAGUGGUGGCAGCACAGCUGUGGUCACUCGCAUGCCCCCUCAGUUGCAGAGUGCUCCAUCCUCAUCGACCCCAGUGUCUUCCCCUGUGCCAGUGCCGAUGCAGCUCAUCGCCAACACUGCCAACAUGACUGCUUCUCAGUCGCCUGCAAUGAAAGUCUCAACGACUGCUUCUUCCACUGGCCCACCUGUACGAGCGGUUGCUGUGGUAUCUUCCGCCAGCAGCAGCACAUCAUCUGCACCAGGUGUGAAGAUCAUUGACCUCACUCAGGAAGAAGAAGCAGCAAAUGCUCAGGCUAAGGCCCUUUCAGCAGCUGGUGGUGUCUCUUUGGGCACUGCAUUGCACAAGAUCGCCGUUUCCUCAUCAUCCAUUCCUGUGCUGAGUGCAGCACCAACAUCACUUGUGCAGGUGUCGUCUGCAUCAAACCCUUCAACAUCACGUGUAAGCAUUGCAGGCACCUCGGUGGUGCUGAGCCACAUGACAGGAGGCACAGUGACCCAGGCUGGGGCCAAUGCAAUGCGUCUGAGCUCGUCAUCACUAGUUGGACCACCAACACGCGUGACAUACUUGGUGCCUAGCUUGCCCCCUGGCAUGGUGGUUACUCCACGCGAGGCUGGACCACGGCUCACCACUGGCAGCAGUCCCCAGCCCAUGCAGACCAUCUUGUUGCGUAUGGCAUCACCGCCGGGUGGUUUCACUACUGUGCCUGGAGGUGCCAUUGCCAUGCCAACGGGUUUGUUACAAGCAAAUCCAUCUGGUGGCCCUACUGGCACACAGAGUGGAGCUACCACCAUGAUGGUUGCAACGGCAGCGGGAUCUCAGGUGCGCAUGGUUCGUGCCCCACCACCAAUGACUCCGAGAGGCGGUGCCACCCUGACCCUGCCUCCAGGAACGACGCUGGUGCGCGCUCCACUGGCAUCCAACAUGCGACCAGGUGUUCCCCAGCAAAUGUCAGUGGUGCGGCCACCAGUGCCAACGGCCUCCACGCCAGCCGCAACCACCAACUGUCACUUCCUCCCAAGCCAACACUGCAGUUCAAGUGCCUGGUGCAGGGCCGAGUACUCCUGCCAGGCAGCCACCACCACCACAACCGUCGCUGCAGGUUCAGGUUCCUGGCAGCAGUACAACUGUGCGGCCAGCCAAGCCAGAUGCCACUGUUUCUAUUAUAAAAAAAAGCAUGGGGUGGCUCAACAUCCAGCUUCUUUACCACCAACACCACGGUACAUUGAUGAUCCCAAAAAGAGACGACUACCGCCGAAGCCUGCUUUAAAGAUCACGAAGGCGGCCAGCGGUGCCUGGACUGCUCGUAAAGAGCAGCCUGUUGCAAAUGUGCCCACAGCAGACAACUCCACAACCGUUCACAAAGUGCCUCCAGCCAAGAAAUGUGGGGUGGUCAAGAGGGAAGAAGCCGAGCCAAAGCCACCAACUGCAGAGGACAUGGAGAAGGUUCUGGAACAGUGGCAGACAUUCCUCGACAAUAAAGGGGGGGAUGACAAGGAGGAUGGCAACAAGGAGCAGAUUCGGCGACGGCUGCCGUAUCACACGCAGCGACCCCUACGUCACGCCUGUCUCUGCCGACUGGGCACUUGCCGGUACGACAAGCUCCCGGCGACCUUCAAGGAGCGACUGCACGCGGACUUUGGUCGCCUCGAGCCAACUCAGCAACUGCGCCAGCUUUUGGGGCGCAUGUACACUAAAGGCAAGGCCAAGCGGAACAAGAAGGCCUGCAAGGAGCAGGACCCUUCUUCCGCUGCUGCCCGGAAAGGCAGAUGCAAGUGGGUGUACUGGCUGCCUGCGUCAAGUACUGCGCAGCCUCGGCGCAAGGUCUGCAAGGCAGCCUUCAUGGCCGUGCAUGGCAUCACUGAGAAGAGGACACGCGACGUUCAGUUGCUGUGGAUGAGACUGAGGGCCAAGCGUGGACACACCCCCACUGGUAACGAAUCAGACAUUGAGCAAGAGGAGUUGAUGCCCGGCACUUACACAGACAUCGAUGACGAGGAUGACGAAUCGGCCGAGAAGCAGGCUCUAAAGCCAGCUCGCAAACCAUAUAAGGGGCGCAAAAUACGCAGAGUAUCUGAGAGUGAGGAUAGUGAAGCCGCAGACAAUGUUACCACUGGUGUGAAGAGCAAAGGCGAUGAUGUAUGUACACCAGCGAAUGACUCGAAGAAGGUAGUGCAGCCACCUUCGUUGUAUGCCAGUGAACAGAGCACCAGACCUAGUCAAGAUGAUGAUGAAAUGGAAGGCGAUGACGAAGCAGAAGAUGAUGAUGAUGUGCCUUACCUUGACAUGAGUGGCUUUGAACCCAUAUGUGCACUGGAAGAGGACAGUGAAAACCUGGUCCUCUCUCUACCACGGGGUGUCUUUGGGGAGGAUGAAGAAGAUACAGGAGGAACUUGAAAGGUGUUUUUUUUUUCCCCAUGGAUUCAUCAACUUUCCACAAAAGGUCUGGUGCUGUCGUGGAACAUGACUUUCAACACGCUCUAUGCUGACAUCCAGACGUACCAACUUUAUGCUUACCAAGAAACCAACAGCCCUCCUGCUACAUCCCACUGGAAGAAAGUGGGUGAUGUGCGAGCAUUGCCACU